UGAUAGACAAGCGAAGAAGACACAGAUGAGUUCUUGAGAAACCAACAUAAAGAUAUUAUAAAGCUGUGUGAUGUGAAGAUGAAGAAACUGGUUCUCAACCAGAAGAUGAGAGAGGAUAUCGAGCUUGUUAAAGAGGAGAGAGGACGACGCACAAUGGCGAUUAAGAUGAAGAUGAUAAAGCAAAGUAACAAUCAGAAUAGGAUGAAGAUGAUGGAUAGAAAGAUAAGACCUAAAAAGAGGACUAGAUGUCAACGCUGCAUGAAUUGCAUAGUCAUGGACUGUUUGAUUUGUCUCGCUUGCCAGGAUAUGAAGAAGUACGGUGGACCUCAGAAGUUAAAGCAAGCAUGUAGAAACCGUCCUAAAUGCCUGUUUCUAGAAAGAGACGGCUGGUAAUAACUGAUCAUUUGCGAUUAUAGGAGAGCCAUGAUCACUUUUACUUCGUAAAUUGAUGGCUUCAUGAAGUCUUUUAAAGUAUAAUCGCUUCAUUAAAACAUAUUGAAAACCUGGGAAAUAUAAACUUUUUUUGUAUUUGAUAGAUUUUAUUCGAUCUGUGCAACUUUACUCAGGUCAAUAUAUCUUUAUAAAUAUUUAUAAAGAAAUAGAAAAUUGUAAUGCUUUAUUUUGUCGUUUAAACUGUUAAGCAUUAGUUAGAACUAGUCCUUUUAUCGCAUUGUAUAAACCUAAGUGUUACUGUAAAGUUUUAAAUUAUUUAGAUAUUUGCAAAUUUUGUACUGUGGACAGUAUUGUACUAUAACAUGUGCACUGUGCUGUGUACACGGUGUACUGAGUGUACUGUAAAUGUUUGUCGUGGUAAAUUUGUUUAAAUGUACUGUAACCUGUAUGCUAUGUGUGCCUUUAAACUAAUCUAAAUUUUUGUUUCAGA